AUGCUGCUGCAGAAAUAUGCUGAUGAUGAUGAUGCUGCAAUAAGAGAAAUGGUUGGAAGAAUGCAAGGAAAGUUCAAUAAAUAUUGGGAGGAUUAUAGUGUCAUUUUGGCUAUGGGAGCUGUUCUUGAUCCUAGGCUGAAAGUGGAAAUGCUUGAAAAAGCUUAUGAAGCUGCGGAUCCUACUACUUCUUGGUUAAAAAUUGAUGAACUCAAGGAAAAUUUGAAGAUGCUCUACAAAGAUUAUCAGACUAGGAAUCGUGCAAGUUCUUGUGGUGUUUCAGCUACACCAACUCCACAUGACAUUGUCACUGAGUCUCCACUUGAACAUGACUUUGAUGAUGAUCUCUUUGAGUUAGAAAGAAGCCUUGACUCUGGUGUGGGCAACACAAAAACGCAUUUAGAUAUCUACUUGGAUGAGCCGAGGCUAGCGAGGAGUGCUUUUCCAGAUUUGGAUAUUCUGGGCUACUGGAAAGAGAACCAACAUCGGCUUGGUUGUUUAGCUGAAAUGGCACGGGAUCUCUUAACAAUUCCUAUUACUACUGUUGCAUCAGAGUCUGCUUUUAGCAUAGGAGCACGGAUUUUGACACCCUAUAGAAAUCGUUUGCUACCAAAGAAUGUCCAAGCAUUACUGUGCACAAGAAAUUGGCUAAGAGGCUAUGAAGACAUAAAAGAACUUGUUUUAAGUAUUAUAUAG